UUCAUAAUGGCCGAUAGGUCCGGGACUUUUUGCAAUUGGAGGAUAGCUUGUUCAUGUUUGCCUUUUCUCUUCGGUCAAAAAUAGCCAAAAAAAAUAAAAAAGGAAACGCUUUGGCGACGAAACCACCACACCAAACCAAAAAAGUGAGCGUUUCAAAGAGAAGACUCUGCAAACCCUAAUUAACCAAUCCACUCUCUUCUCUUCAAUUCAUUUUUUUGUCGUAAUCGAUUGUUGUUUGCAGACAGUGCAUGGACUGGUUUGUUUGGUUAAUUGAGCAACCGCUGGUUUAAAAAAGUAUUGAAUUUUUAGGUACUGAGCUUUGGUUUUGGGAGAGUUAAAAAUAAUGGAUUUAGCGACGAGUUGCAAGGACAAAUUGGCGUAUUUUCGUAUAAAAGAGCUUAAAGAUGUCCUUACACAGUUGGGUCUUUCUAAGCAAGGGAAAAAGCAGGAUCUUGUUGACCGAAUAUUAGGUGUUCUUGCUGAUGAACAAGUUCCAAAGACAUCAACGAAGAAGACUUCUAUUGGAAAGGAAGAGGUGGCAAAAUUAGUUGAUGACAUUUACAGAAAAAUGCAGGUUUCUGGGGCCACUGAUCUAGCAUCUAAGGGUCAGGGCGUGUUGGAGAGCAGUAAGACAAUUAAAUACACAUAUUACCGACAGGGCUUCGCCCAUUAUCAAUAUCUGGGUUUUACACUAUUAGAAAACAGCAUUUUUACGACGGAUUUUAGCGAUGGAUACAAUUUCCGUCGCUAUUUUUUUGGUCUGGAAACCGGUUUUCGAUGUUGUAUCUCGAAUAAUUUGUUGAAGAAGAUCAAAAUUCAUUUGAAGAGAAGGAAAAUUCGCAGAGCUACGAUGGAGAAGAAGAUAAAUCAUCCAAUUUCACUGUUUGCGACUCUGUGUGUGGUGCUAUUUAUUCUUUCAAGCUCAAUUAUAACAGUUACAGAAGCUGAAGUCAUAACCCUAACUCCCGACACCUUUUCUGAUAAGGUGAAGGAAAAAGACACUGCGUGGUUCGUGAAGUUUUGUGUUCCUUGGUGUAAGCAUUGUAAGAAUUUGGGCACACUUUGGGAGGACUUUGGGAAAGUGAUGGAAGGAGAAGAUGAAAUUGAGGUUGGGGAAGUUGAUUGCGGGUUAAAUAAAGCUUUAUGUUCGAAAGUUGAUAUUCACUCGUAUCCUACAUUCAAGCUCUUCUAUGAUGGAGAAGCGGUUGUGAAAUAUAAUGGGACUAGAGAUGUUGAAUCUCUUAAAUCAUUUGCAUUGGAGGAAGCAGAAAAGGCAGCAGCAAAAGCACAGCUUGACAAUGAUCAAGAAUUAUAAUUUCAUAAGCUGAUAGAUUUCGUCAUGGAAGGAAAAGUGCCGGUGAAAGCCUCGCAAUGGAAUCGACAUGGUUUAUACAUACAUCCUUGUGCUGUUAACCUUACUGGUAAUUUUGCAGUGACAGACUUCUGCUUCUGUGAGUCUCGCCAUCAUCACCAAUCCAAACUAGUUUUGCACCUUAGAAAAAUUGUUUUGUUACAAACUUGUAUCAUUCUACAUAGAAUUUAAUUGGAAAGCAUGAGAAUUUUAUAAUUUUUACAUUCAGUUAUUGAAAAGUUAUAUUUAUUUUUCAA